GCCACCAAUGACGUCGCGGCUUGGUGACUUCGGCGAAUGACAGCUGAAAGCGUCUGGAGAGGAGAUCCGUGACUUCAGCAGCAAUACAUACUAUAGACAUAUAAACCUGGAGGCAACAAUGGUAUAGCAGAAGAAUCUGAACCCACGAGGUGAUGGCCCAGCAGCUACGAUGGCCUCGGAACUGCAAGAGACGAUAUCCAACGCCAAACAGGAACGACACAAGAACCUAUUCCUGAACUACAGGAACCUCAACAUCUUCCCUGUAGAGUUGCUCAAGGAUGAGGGCCUGCAGUUCCUGGAGAGGUUGUACAUGAAGAGGAACUCCCUCACAACCCUGCCUGAAAAUCUGGCUCAGAAACUCCCAAAUCUCAUAGAGCUGUAUCUACAUUCAAACAACAUUGUCAUUAUGCCUGAAGCCAUCGGCAACCUGGCCAAGCUGCAGUCCCUCGACCUCAGCGACAAUGCUCUGCAGGUGAUCUGCCCCGAGAUCGGCAGACUGAGGUCGCUGCGCCACCUGAGGCUGGCAAACAACCAGCUGAAAUUCCUGCCUCCAGAGAUUGGGGAUCUGAAGGAGCUGGAGACCCUGGAUGUGUCGGUGAACCUGCUAAGCACACUGCCAGAGCGUUUGCAUCACUGCCUCUCCUUGCAGUGCCUGACUGCUGACCGCAACAGCCUGCGCUCUGUCCCCCGUCAGUUGUGCCAACUGCACAACCUCAAUGAGCUCUCCAUGGCAGCAAACUGCCUGACCUCUCUGCCACUGGAUUUAGGGCGCUCCCGGGAGCUGCAGUUCGUCUUUGUCGACAACAAUGUGCACUUGAAGGGCCUUCCAUCCUACCUGUACAACAAGGUGAUCGGCUGCAGUGGGUGUGGGCUGUCGGUGCAGGUGCCCGAUGGGAAGCUGCUCUCCAUUUCCCUUGGGGAUGUGAACAUCCCGCUGCCAGAGGAGGUGAAAGCCAUUGGCUCAGAGGCAGAGAGUGUGGUGCCCCUGGAGGAACUGGCCAUGCGGGUGCUGUACGGCACGUACAGCCCGUUCCUCAAGAACUCAGACUUCCUGCCUCCCCUGUCGCUGUCGCUACCCCGGAGUCUGUUGGAGCUGUUCCGCUGCCCACUGGGACACUGCCACCGCUGCAGCCAGCCCAUGUUUACCAUCGUCUACCCCAAGCUCUUCCCACUGAGGGAGACACCGCUGGCGGGUGUGCACCGCAGGACCACAGUAAGCUUUGUGGCCUACUGCUGUUCCAGCCAGUGUGUGCGGACAUUCGACCUGCAGAGCUAAUCCCCGGACCCCACCUCCCUCCCCCUGAGUGAGAAAACACACGGGGAUUCCCACUCCGGAUCAACUGAAUCCAGACCCCUCCCAGCUGCCGAUGACCUCCAAGUUGGAAGUCUCAGUCAUCCUUCCAGCUCGUCGCACGAAGCUUGAAAGGAGAGCCCCAGUCAUAUGAGCACCAAGCUAAGUGCUCUUCUCUCUAUGCUGUGAUAUGGAUUUCAUAUUACAGCUUCUCCAGUCAUAGUCUGUUGUUAAGAUUGUGUAAUACAUAUUAAUAGCAGCUUUUACACUAAAUGACUAAUUUGGCUGAAUGGAGUGUAAUCAACAUCAGUCUAAAUAAGAGCUCCAGCACUUCAUAAUUGUGAACUGUUCAAACUGUUCUUCACAAAUGAGUAACGUGCACUAGGUUUAGACAAAAAUGAUUGUUUAAAUUAUUUUAAAUGUCUUUAUCCCUCUCGAAAAGGAAUGCGUCGUAUUUUUGUAAAUUGCGCCAGAUGAGAGAGUAAAACGGAAUCCCGUUAGAAAAGUAACAUAAAUCUGAGAAGAAACCUUAUCAGAAGUAGGUUUUCUACUGAAAUGCUGUCUAGACCCGGAAAUCCCAUAAAGCAUUUCACUUCCUUAAUACUGUUAGAUUUUUUUAAAGUAAUCAAACAAUCUGAAUACGACAUUCAGAAAGCUUUUCUCAAACCUGGAAACCAGGAUAUUUAUUUAUAGUUAUCUUUCACAAUUAUCUGAUUUUUGCAGAUCUCUGUGGACAGUCUGAAUAAAUACUUCUAUAAAACAAAUAUUUUUAAACGUCGUAUUAAAGUUUGCUUAGUGUUGGGACAGUGCAUGCUGAUGUGAAUGUGUGCAUAUUUACAUAAGUACAUGUUUUGUUUUCGGACUUGUUUAAUGUUGAAUGUAUUUCAGAACUUUUCCCCCACUGUGCUUCUGUCAUUGUGUUUACAUGGGUUGAAAAAUGUAAUGUGCCGUAAAGCCACCAUACACACAUUUACAUUCCCAUAACUGCAGCAGACGAGAAGCGUGAUCUUAUAAAAGGAAGAAGAGUGCUCCUAACUCUCUAAUGCACGUCUGUCUGUAAGGCAGCCAGUCUUCUGUGUUGUCCCUAAAGCCCUAUGGGGAAUGAGGAGUAAAUCCCUGCUUUUCAGUUUUCAGACACUCUCCAGAUUGCAUUGUUUAUAUUUUUCAACUUUGGGAAUAACUCAACAAGAACCGCACAUCUUACCAAGGCUCCAGUGUAGAGGGCAGCAGAGUUCUGUCCACGUACGUUCCGCACAAACUUGGAAUGUGUUCCACAGCUCCAGGCAAUGAGGUUGAGCACUGUGAAAUAGAAUCAUAAUUAGAAAUGUCAGUUUCUGAGCUAAACGAAACAUGAUGGAGGUAUUACAAUAUUAAUACCUUAUUGCCGCAUUCCCUGUUGCUUGAAACACUUAACGCCACGAAAAAUAUCAGAAUACAUUGGUGAAACUGAAGUGGUGGAUAUGAAGCCUUUAGUAAACUUUAAAGUUGUGUUUUUAAAUGUUUAUAUUUGAGUACCCUAAUAACAGUUUUUAAAGUGUUAUUUAAUGAAGGGGAGGAGUGUACAGUGGAAAAUCCAUCCAAACUGGUUGCAUUGUGUUGUAUAAUCUAUUACCAUUGGUUGUGUUUCUUUUAAACCUCAGCUAUUGCAGAUGACAUGUUUUACAUGUGAAGGUCUGACAUGUAGAACUACGGUACAGUACUGGAACUAGAGUACAGUACGUAUUUAUACUGAGCUCAGACUCUGGUGCAAAGCAGUUCCCUCUGUAACAUACUGACAAAAGGAAGCUAUAAUCGAUGGACUAAAUAGUAUUACUUUGUGACUUAAACCUGACUAAAAAAGGUAAAAACAUUUUCUCAGGGUCGAGUAAUUUUAAGUUCCUUAAGACGCAGACAAAUCAAGCUUUUCAGCUCAAGAUCGGUUUUGCAGGCGGCAAAACAGGCUGCCGUGGCUGUGGGGAUACACACUUUCUUCCCACAGAGCCGCCAGCGCGCACUGAAGACGUCAUCCAGGAGCGCGGCAUACCUUGUGCAGUAGGAUCCUGUGAGACAGCAGAGAGGAGGGACGUGGCUGGACUUGCCCCCGACGACAGCCCCCUCUCCCAGCCCUGCUGUGCUGUGUGUAAGGAGCGCCAUCCGCAGAGAUUUGCAGGCACACUGUCAGUGCUCCACCUUCUACAGCCCCUUCUAAAGAGAAAAACAGCGCGGUACUGAAGCCGAAAACAUGCAACGAUUGGAUUUUUGUUGGGAAAAAAAAUGCCUGUACACAGCAGCCAGUUUACUUGGAACUUUGGUCUGAGUGAAAGAAUAAAAUAUUUUUGUG